AUGCGCUUCUUCGCCUCUCUCCCGAUCGUUGUCCUCUCCCUCGUCGGCUCGACGCAGGCCCAGUUCGGGUUCUUCGAGCAGAUGUUCGGCGGCCAGCAGCAGCAACAGCAGCCCCAGAACGUCCCGAGCGAUCCUUCGCAGUACCAGCAACGAUACGAUGGAUCCUACUGCGAACACUUCCUCUGUCCUGAUACCCUCGCUUGCGUCCACUUCCCACACCACUGCCCCUGCCCCUGGCCCGCGAACCAAGACAAGUUUGAGCUCGGCGAAGGCAGCCGUAUCUGCGUGUCGAGGGGCGGAUUCGCUGCCGGCGAGGCGGCGAGGAAGGUCGAGCUGGCUCGCAAGGGCCUGUUGUAA